UGAGCUGUCAGUGGCCUUUACAACCCCAACAAGAAGCUACAGUGGCCCUAUAAAUCCCAGAGACGAAACAGAAACAGCUGUAAUAUGGAUUUACGUUCCUUUAUUUUGUGUUACCUAGUGGUGCUGACAGCCUUCAGGUGUGAUGGCUCUGUGUCAGUGGGAGUGACAGCAGUGGGACUGGCGGGAGCAAUGUUUUAUGCUGGCUUUGAUAAAAUUCGCUGCACCUUUUAUGAAUGUUGCUCCGACAGAGCUGACUGGAUCAAGCCUAAUAUUACAGCUUUGACUGUUGCUCUGGAUUCAAAUCUAUAUGGCCAGCAUUUAGUUCAUCACGUUGUUCCAAGGGCCCUGAAGGCUCAUCUAUUAAAUAAACAGCCCCAAAAGGCUCUAGUAAUGAGCUUUCAUGGAUGGACAGGAGGAGGGAAGAAUUACGUUUCCAAGUUCAUUGCCGAGAGCAUGUACAAGCUGGGCAUGAAGAGUCAGUAUGUUCAUGUGUUCGUCAGUACUGUGCAUUUCCCUCACGAACGUAUGGCUGAUAUUUACAAGCUGAAUUUGCAAGACUGGAUACGCAGCAAUGUCAGCAAGUGUGAGAGAAGUCUCUUUAUCUUCGAUGAGAUCGACAAGAUGCCAAUUGGUAUGAUUAAUGGCAUCAAACCUUUCAUUGACUACCAUGAAUCCAUCAAUGGAGUAGAUUUCAGGAAGUCUGUAUUCAUCUUCUUAAGUAACACCGGAGGGCCAGAUAUCACAAGAGCAAUGUUGAAGAUGUGGCGGGAAGGGAAAAAGAGAAGUGACAUUACCAUGAUGGACCUGGAGCAUCUGAUACAGCUUGGAGCUUUUAACGAAGAUGGUGGUCUGCACAAAAGUGAGCUCAUACAACACUGUCUGGUUGAUCAUUAUGUACCUUUCAUGCCACUAGAAAGACAUCACAUAGAACUCUGUGCUCGAGACGAGAUCCGUCGUCGUGGACACACGCCAACUAAAGAGUUAAUAGAAAAAGUUGCAGGUGAAAUGACAUACUUUCCUCCAGAGAAUAAAUUAUUCUCCACCACUGGUUGCAAGAGGGUUGCCCAGAAAGUUGGGUUCAUACUUACCAGCGAAGAAUAUGACAAUAUAUUUGCCUAAGAAGGAAUACCCCGAGACUCUUAACACUUUGGUAAAAUUAUAUUUCUCAGUAAUGUGUAUUGACCUACAAGGUGGUGAUUCAGUGUAUCUCAACAGUUAUUGGCUAAAUUGUAUUUCCGUAUGCUUUCAUUUCAUUGGAAGUAGAUUGCAUGUUCUACGUUUGUUUAAAAUUAUUACAUCUUUUUCAGUGCAUACUUCCACCGUUCUUCAUUUUUGUUCAAUACUGAUGAGCUUUCUUAACAUAUACUUGUAGGAAAAAGUUUAAAACAAGAUGUAACUUUAUUUUCUGUGUGUAACUUGUACAGAAAAACUUUUACUGCAGCUGCAUAAAUCUGUCCAAAACUUUUAUAGUUACAUAUAUAAAAAAAAUUAUACAUAUUGCUAUACUCGUAAGUCAUGUUGACAAGUACUGCGAGUUUAUUAUAGUAAGAUGAUAUAUUUGUUGUGUAAUUGCAGCUAAAUAUAUAUUUACAGUUAUGCAGAAAAUUAAUGCAGAUCUUUGCUAUGAUAAAAUAGGUUCCAAUGUAGUAAAUAGUAAGCUAUUGAUUGUGUUCCUAAUUAAAAGUUAUUAAAGCCAAAUCAUCGUUGUUAAAUAUUUAUGUACAUGUAAAAUUUCUUUUAACCAAGAAAUUUACCACUAAGGUAGAGUGAUCUUAAGGAGGAAAAUACAUUCACAUUCACUCUCUAGCUGUCUUUCAUGACUUGCAUGGAUAUAAUGAUUUAAAUAAUCCAGUGAGCCAUAGCAUCCAUACCCAUUCUUCAAACUGCAGGCACUGUAUAUCCCACCUCCAGAAUUCAAGUCCACCUCAACACUGUCUGUGACUCCCUUCACAGAUGUUAUCAUGCUCACAACCCCAACAGUAUAAAAAUUCCCCCAAACGGCUUUCCUAAACUCACAUCAAGCAUGCUCACACAGCACUUUUCUCUUUUCUUUGUUUCCUUCAAAAUAUUUGUUUUCAUAAUUUGGUCAGAAGCACAGUCAUUAGGAUUAGGCUCUGAUUUUCAUAUGCCAUUGUUUUAAACCUUUGACUUGUACAGUAUGCUGCAAUAUUUGCCUCUGGUACAUAUUUACGUAUGCUUUAGAGACUUGCAUGAUACCUGCAGAAAUUGUCGCAAUGGGCUAGUAACCCCUUCUCCUGUAGACAUUUACUAAAAAAGAGAAGAAGAAAAACUUUAUAAAACUGGGAUGCUUAAAUGUGCGUGGAUGUAGUGCGGAUGACAAGAAACAGAUGAUUGCUGAUGUUAUGAAUGAAAAGAAGUUGGAUGUCCUGGCCCUAAGCGAAACAAAGCUGAAGGGGGUAGGGGAGUUUCGGUGGGGGGAAAUAAAUGGGAUUAAAUCUGGAGUAUCUGAGAGAGUUAGAGCAAAGGAAGGGGUAGCAGUAAUGUUAAAUGAUCAGUUAUGGAAGGAGAAAAGAGAAUAUGAAUGUGUAAAUGCAAGAAUUAUGUGGAUUAAAGUAAAGGUUGGAUGCGAGAAGUGGGUCAUAAUAAGCGUGUAUGCACCGGAGAAGAGAGGAAUGCAGAGGAGAGAGAGAGAUUUUGGGAGAUGUUAAGUGAAUGUAUAGGAGCCUUUGAACCAAGUGAGAGAGUAAUUGUGGUAGGGGACCUGAAUGCUAAAGCAGGAGAAACUUUUAGAGAGGGUGUGGUAGGUAAGUUUGGGGUGCCAGGUGUAAAUGAUAAUGGGAGCCCUUUGAUUGAACUUUGUAUAGAAAGGGGUUUAGUUAUAGGUAAUACAUAUUUUAAGAAAAAGAGGAUAAAUAAGUAUACAAGAUGUAGGGCGAAAUGACAGUAGUUUGUUGGAUUAUGUAUUGGUAAAUAAAAGACUGUUGAGUAGACUUCUGGAUGUACAUGUUUAUAGAGGGGCCACAGAUAUAUCAGAUCACUUUCUAGUUGUAGCUACACUGAGAGUAAAAGGUAGAUGGGAAAACAAGGAGAAUAGAA